AUGGGGAACUGUGAUUGCGCCAUUGCGGCCAUCAUGAUUGAAGACACCACUCGAGGAAAAUGUAUAUUUUGUUGGGACACUCCUAUUGUCAAAGCCAAUAACAGAACUGUGAGCUUCAUUCUUCUGAUCUCCAUCUUGUUGAGCUUCCUCUGCGUGUUUCUCUUUCUUGGACGUCCAGAGAACAUCACCUGCAUGCUCAGACAAACCUCAUUUGCAAUCUUCUUUUCAAUCACUGUUUCUUGUGUAUUGUCUAAGACUAUCACCGUUUUCAUUGCUUUUAAAGCCACUAAGCCCAAUAGUUUCUGGAAAAGGUGGAUGGAUAUAAAAAAAGCCAAUUAUGUGGUUUUUAUUUGUUCCUCGUUUCAAGCUCUUAUUUGCUGUUUUUGGUUAUCUGGUUCUCCUCCUCAUCAGGAGCUGGACUAUCACACUUAUCAUGAGAAGAUCAUCGUUCGGUGUAAUGAAGGGUCAGAUAUCUGGUUCUACUCUGUCUUAGGUUAUAUGGGGUUCCUGGCAGUGGUGAGCUUUGUUCUGGCUUUCAUGGUGAGGACAUUACCGGACACUUUUAAUGAAGCUAAAUCCAUCACCUUCAGCAUGCUGGUGUUCUGCAGUGUUUGGAUUGCUAUGAUCCCGGCUUAUCUGAAUGGCUGCAUCUGCGAAAAUAAGAAGACCCUUGCUUUCCUUCUUCAGGAAAAAGAUCCUGAAGAAAAAGGAUCCUGA